AACCUCAAUUUCAGUUCAAUUGUCUGAUAUUCAGGGAUAAAUGCCGCGUACACAGUUUCAUUAUUUUCGCAAAUAUCCCCACAAUAUCCAACAAUCUGAAAUCUAUUUACUCGUUCUCCCUUUCUUCAUCAAGAAGUGAAACUAAACGAUUCAGUAAAUUCGGGUGCUAAAUGUUAAGUUCAAUUGACAGAGUCAACACCUUCAAAAAAGUCAUAGUUUGUGGCUUUAUUAACAUCUACAUUUGUUAAAAGACUGGAGAUAGUUUAUAGACAAGACUUCGGAUGCUGAAUUACAACAGUACUUGACAAAUGAAACACAAAUUGAGAUUUACUCUGUAACAAACAUCUCAAUCAACAAAAAUGACACGAAAGUGUGUUCUGUGUAAAGAAACGAAUUACAAAAAUUCUUACAGUUUUUUCUCAGCUCCGAAGGAUCUGGAAACUAGGAAGAAAUGGCAGGAAGCAAUUGCUAUCGAGAAUUAUACUGUUAGUGAUGAUACUUACGUCUGCAGCAGGCAUUUUUUACCAAGUGAUAUAAUAACACAUUGGGUUAGUGGUGUACCACCUCAUGUUGUCACUAUAAAAUAUAAAAAAUGUCGAUUGAGGCCAGGUGCAAUCCCUACAACGAGCUGCGAGGCGAUGAAUAACAUGCAAAAUAAUCAAGAUGAUGAUUUAGAAGAAUUCGAGGUGAAUAGGAAUUGGAGCAACGCAGACAGACGACCAGCUACUUUCGGAGAUGAUAAAAAAGAGUUUUUUCUGAUUCCUCGUGACGACAAGAUCAUUACUUACAACAGUAAUGAUAAUCAAAGUCUUUUGAGAAACAAUGUAAAAGAGGAAAAUUACAUCAAUACGGAAGCUGGGGAAAGUCUCCAGGAUGAGGUUGAUGAUACGAUAAUGGAGAAUGAGGAACAAGACCAAGUGCUAGAGGUCAUUCAGGAAGAUCUUGAAGAAUCAGUCAAUACUAUCUAUAUCAAGACAGGUGAUGAUCCCCAAAUAGUCUACAUUGAGGACUUGAAUUGUAAAACGGAUUGUAUUGAAGAAGAAAUUGGUGAAGGUAACGUCAAAGAGAAAAUAGCCGAGUUUUCACCGCAGAAACUCGAAGGUUCUGGUGAAGAUGGUGAAGAAUCAGUGGAUAUGUGGGAGUCGAUUGAUGGAGAAAAAGAAUUAGCUCCGAAUGUCGAUGAGAAAAGUUCAAGGGAAACCGAAGAGGAUGAUGCCAUGGAUACUGAGGAUCCAUUGGAUCUCAACCAACAGCUUGAAGAUCCUGAAGACCCCAUGCUAUUUGAAGAUCUACUCGAUGUAUAUACUGAAGUACCUCUUCGCAGGGGCUGGUCUGCUGUUGUUAUUUCAAAAGGCCGAGGAACUACUGUUGUUUAUACUUUCAUGACGAUGACAAAGAGUGGAGUCCCCUAUGUUGAGAAACAAGUGUUUUUGAUGAGUGAUAUGGUUCUCAGGUGCUCUGCAGCUGGGAGAGAGAUUAAUCCAAGGCUACAUAAUUUAUUGAGAGAGGGGAGGCAGUUAAGGGUUCAGUCUCUUCUGGAUGUUGAGGAUAUCAUUGAAGAAUUCGACCAGAGGGUAGUUUGCGAAGGCUCUUCAGAAUCAAUCAAUGCUGUACAUAUGGAUAAUACAGUUGCCUUCCGGGACGGUUUCAAAUGGCGUCACGUAAGCUGUCCGAUAUUGAUAAAUAAUGGGACAACACGUUGCUCAAGGUGUAGUUCAAUGAACGCAUCUGUUAAUCGAAGAAAAUUAAAGAAACCCCCGCAAACGGCUGAAUCUGCUGAGCUACUCAAAAAAGAUCGAACGAUAUUUGUACUUCAAAAAUUAUUGGCCAAAAUAUCGAAGAAGAACCAACGCAUUGGGACAAUCAAAGACAAUAUUGAGGGGAAAGUCCACCAGAGAUGUGCGGAUCAGCAGAAAAAUUUGAUAAGUUGUUUAGAAACCCUGAACAUCCCAAAGAUUCAGAAAAUAAUGAUGACGGAAUGUCUCAAAUCAUCUUCACCAGAAGACAGUGAUUUCUCCGAGACAUGGACAUUUUUAUCUCUUUUGCUUUAUAUUGAGUCUCCGAGAACGUACAAAUAUCUUCUCAUUAACAAAUUCAUGAACUUACCUCCGAUUAAAACAAUGAAACGCUAUUUGCAUCAGAUUAAAACUGACACUCAAUUUUAUAAAUUGUUCCAACGUUCUGUCGAGCCUUUCCAUGUGAGUGAGAUGAGUGAUGAGACCGAGCCAACGUGAGAAUUUUAUGAAGAAAAAACAAAUAAAUAUAUAAUUCGAAUUAAUGAAUAAUAAUUGAAAAGACUAAAUAAUAUGAACGAUAUCACGAAGAGAUGUAAGUCUUAUUUAAAAAUUCUUUUUAUAUCUGUAAGUUGAUGAUAAUAUUUAAAAUAGUAAGCAGUAAUGAAGAACUUUGAAGAAA